AUGUCGACGCUGCAGGUGAACAGCGCUAUAUUCGCCGCUGAACUGUCAACUAUCUACUGUGUGUCGCUGGGUGUGCACCGCAGGGGUGGGACGGGUGUCGAGGUGCUCGAGACAACGAGGAUGACACUGGGAUUGGGAAGUGAAAUUUUGAUGGCAUUCAAGGGAGGGAUGUCUGAUUCAGGGGGGUUUGCUGUCGUGUUUUGCAUACUGAAGGACCACCUGCUUCGGGACCGCGGGAUUUUGCUGCCUACCUUACUGUUGCCUCGGUCGGUGGUAGCUUCGUGGGUUAGGACAACGCCCGUGCCGACCUGCUGGUUGGCUGUGAUGGUUGCAAUGCGAAGCGAAUCUGUUGCUGCCGAUGGUGGUGCCCUGAGUACAUCGCACGUCAUCUCGCCGGUCGAGGUGGACAGGAUGAACUGGCAACAGCAAAGACAUCACUCUAGGGAUGGAGAUCUUAACGUCAAGCAACAACAGGCUGGCCCGCAAAGCUUGUUCGACCCCGCGGUUGACAAGGCAAUGAUCUUCUGCGAUGGGGCGCCGUUCAGCAGCAUCAAGCUCAUGGCUUGA